AUGCUGGGAAAGGUGGCGCUAGAGGAGGCAUUUGCCCUGCCUCGCUUGCAGGAGAAGACCAAAUGGUGGGCGUCCAUGUUUGCAGUACACGCCGAAAAACACGCCGCCGAGAUGACCGAUGUAACCAAGACUCGAAUAGAGUACAUGGACAAACAUGGUGUAGGAUACACCAUCCUGUCGUAUACGGCGCCUGGAGUGCAAGACAUUUGGGACCCAAAAGAAGCUCAUCAGUUGGCCGUGGAGAUAAAUGACUACAUUGCCGAUGCCAUCAAGGACCAACCUGACCGAUUGGGAGCCUUCGCAACUUUGUCAAUGCAUGACCCUAGCGAGGCAGCGGCGGAAUUGAAACGAUGCGUCACUCAACUUGGAUUCAAAGGCGCCCUCGUCAACGACACUCAGCGAAGCGGCCCAGACGGUGACGAUAUGAUGUUUUACGAUGGCGAUGAAUGGGACAUUUUCUGGUCCACUGUUACGGAUCUCAGCGUCCCCUUCUAUCUACAUCCCAGGAAUCCUACAGGUUCGAUUCAUGAGAAAUUGUGGGCAAAGCGUAAGUGGCUUAUCGGGCCGCCCUUGAGCUUUGCACAAGGUGUCAGCCUCCACCUAUUGGGCAUGGUCACAAAUGGCGUCUUCGAUCGCCACCCUUCGCUGCAGGUGAUAAUAGGCCAUUUGGGAGAACUGAUUCCCUUUGAUCUGUGGAGGAUCAAUCAUUGGUUCGAGGACGUUAAGAAGCCGCUCGGGCUCUCAUGCCAAAAGACCAUUCGAGAAUACUUUGCUCGGAACAUUUGGAUUACAACAAGCGGGCACUUCUCAACCCCAACUCUAGAGUACUGCAUCACAGAACUUGGAUCAGACCGCAUUCUCUUUUCCAUAGACUAUCCGUUUGAGUCGUUUGGGGAUGCAUGUAACUGGUACGAUGGUGUGCGCCUGAAGAAUGAGGGUGAUGUGAAGAAAAUCGGCAAGGAGAACGCAAAGAAACUGUUCAAGCUUGGGGCCUUCAAGGAUUCGGAGUAACUUCUUCUAUCAGCUGAAUGUCUAUGG